AUGCCUGCCUGGUACAUCAAACACAGUCCAAACACCCUUACGGCUCCUGAAAAAGAACAACUUGCCAAGGCAAUCACUAGGUUGUACGUCUCCAUCGGCCUACCUGCAUUCUAUGUCCAAGUCCACUUCACCGAGGACAUUCCCGGUACUGCAUUCGUCGGUGGCGAACCUCACCCCAACUUUGCAUCAAUAACAAUCCAUCACGUUGCCCGUGCCAUGAAGAACGACGAAGCCAAACAGAUAUUUUUGGCUGGUGUUGAUGGGAUCCUCAACCCAGUAUUCGAGCCAAAGAAAAUGGAAUGGGAAUAUUGGGUCGCAGAAGUCUCGAGGGACUUGUGGAAGAUCAAUGGUCUGGUGCCACCGCAGCCUGGCUCUGAGGGGGAGAAGAAAUGGGCUGAACUGAACAAAGCUGUUAAGCUCUAG